GUAUUCUCGCGAGCGUCGCCGCGGCGCCGUCGCGAGUUUUUUUUGCUCUUCCUCUGAUCGACUAUACACUCGCUUAUAUACACACGGCGUAUAUAGUAUAUGUAUAGACAGACAAGCCGGUACGUGCAAUACCAAUGUGAAUGAAUAAUCCGCUGUGUCGUACAUUGCAGUAUCCUGUGCGACUGUUCUCUUGGUGAUAUAUAGAUACGAUUCUCUCAGGAUUGUAACAAUUAUACUGUGUGCGUCAAUUUGAGUUUUGAUUUUUUUUAUUGUUGAACAACACACACACACACACACGCACACGCACAUCGUCGAGGGACGAGUGUGUAUACGAUUACCCCCGUGCGCUGCCGCUCCAUGGCAACGCGGAGGAGCUGCCUCUACGCUGGAAUACGACGAGCCGGCCAUAGGCGCGGAAAGUAGACGGAGAAGAAGCUGCUGCCGGUAACCGGAGAAGAGGCGAGCCGCGGAGUUGCGGAACAGUCCUCUAUACACUUUGCAAAAAAAAACCCGUAGCAGACGACGAAGUGGCUGCCAUACUUCUCUUCCCCUCGAGGAACUGCGGAAAAUGAGUCUGGCUCGAGUUUCCUCGCGGCAAAGUGCAAAGUGAAGGAAUAGAAGAUGCUGCCGCCGAUGAUCAGCAACAUAAACAGCGAGAUCCUCACGCUGUACACGAGUCCGAACGGGAACGACGCCGGGGCUGGAAAUGUGACGAGUAGAGCCAGGGGUAGAUACGCCGAGAUCGGAGUCAGAAGGAGCGACGUCUUUCUCGAGCCGUAUCUCCAGCAGAGCCAACAUCAGGCACCGCAACAGCAGCAGCAGCAGAGUAACCCGGCCGGCAAUUCCCCGAGCAGUCCACCGCCGGAUCCUCGCCACCAUCACCAGCUCCAUCAUGUGCAGAGCGAAUGCUCGCUGUCAUCGGAGGGCUCAGGCCUGUCGGCGGGCGGCUCCUCGGGCUCGACAACGGAGGACGAGUCCGGCGGCGAGGUCGCCUGCAGCAUCACCCUAAUCGAGCGGCUCAUUCGCUCGCAUCCGAUCUGGUUCCUGCCGGGCAUUCAGCGCGCCGGCGCCUUUCACCUGCUCCAGGGCAAGGAGGAGGGGAAUUUCGUGGUGAGACAAUCGAGUCAGAGCGACACGAUGGCGUUGUCGGUGCGGCUGCCGGCCGGCAAAGGACCUUACAUCGAGCAUUACCUUAUCCAGGCGAACAAAGGAAAGUUGAGCUUGGAGACGAGCGAAAAUAGGUUCGACAACAUCCCCUCCCUCAUCGCCCAUUACUCGCAGUGUUGCGACGAGCUGCCGGUGCAGCUGACACUGCCGAGGGCGAUGCGCGAGGCUAAGAAUAGGCAGCAGCUCUCGUCGCUCGCACUGCUCGGCCAAGAGUUCUGGAGGUAUCCGAUGGCGAAUCCAAAGCCGCCUGAAAGCGGCGGCAGCAGCAACACCUCCAGCCUCAGCAGCUUUCAUGCCGGCAACAACAACAAUAACAACAUCAACAGCCUUGGCACGCCGACGACUGAGAGCAUCAUCCUGAAUCUCACGCCAAUCUCCGCAAAAGACUCUCCAACCACGUCGCCAACGAACACGCUGACGACGUCGACCUUCACCACCUCGAUGCCCCGUCAACCGAGACCGACACCACCAAAUACUCUGAACCUCACCACCUUCAACGAACCUCUGGACUCGAAGGCCAACAACAAGCUCUCUCCAAACGACAAGCUCUCUCAGCGUCUCGUAUCGCCGAAUCUCGUGCAGAAUCUCGUGAGGUCGCCUUCGCCGAUCGUCCACAACGUGGAGGCCAACGUCCUGAGCCCGGCGAUGAGCGAUACCAAGUCGUCCUCCUGCGAAUUCGUCAGAGGCAGUCAGUUCACCUCUAGCAACUGCUCCAUGACCUCGAAUUUUCAUCGGAACAUUGCUGGAUUCAACGAAUUGGCGAUCAAAUCGGCAUCGCCAGAUGUGGUUCAGACGCCGGGGCAUUUGAAAAGCCCGCCACCGCCGCCGCCCAGGUGGGCCAAACCUGGACCGCCGGUUGGACAGAACAACUUUACGGUUACGACUACCGUGACGUUUAAUGUUAACCAGGGUGGUGGCAGUACUGUCCAGUCAACACCAUCGGACUCGAACACACCGUCACUUCUAAGUCCCCAGAGCGCUUCCUCGAAAUCCCUAGGCUCAAAUCCCUCGUCAAACUCAAAAUCCUCGUCGACCCACUCGUCCUCGGCUGCCCUGUCCCCAGCAACUCCCAUCCUCUCGCCUACCUCGAAACUCGUCUCUAACGGCACCAGGACACCUCAGGUCCUCUCCCCGACAACCCCAUCCGGUACAGGAAAGUCCUCCCGACGACGAAGGGAUCGGGACAACAGGAAGAACUCCCAGCACUAUCAGGAGUCCGACAUCAUGGAGUCUUACUACCGAAGCUCUCCCGCUGACAAGAUCUCGGACUACGAAGACAUCUGGAACACCACUGACCAAUCCAACCCGUCAACCUGGUCUCCGAAAGAGAGUCUACUCGCCAGAGUGACGAACAACGAAGACGUGAGAAAGGAGAGGAUAUUGAGUCCCGUAGAGAAGCUCAACAGGCUGGAACAACACGUUCAGGUUGGCAGUGUGAAUGACAAGCUCAUCAUUAGGAACGACAAGACAAGUGUCAGCGAGAAGAUGAGCUACAAGGAGGUGACCAGUCCGGAGUUCACCAGUUUCAAGCCACUCCAGGACCCGAAGAGUCCUGAGAGCACACCCUCGCCGGACGAGAUGGCACUGGGGAAGCGGCCUGACCUUCUGUCGAGAGUUUGUAGCGCAAAUUCACUCAACAGUCCAAACUCCAUCACACCUCCCCGCAACAAGCUCGGACUGAUCCUGACACAAUCCGAGAGCAACAGUCCCAUGACUCCAGAAUCCAAACAAGGUAGUCCUUUCUACGCCGAACCGGCUGAUGCUCUACCUCGAGCAAAUCUGGCCCUCGUAGCUCGUCGAAGACCACGACCCAUCAACACAGUGGCCAGCAAGUUCAGACACAGUGAGCCCGGUUGGCUCCAGGCACAGCUCAACGGAGGCUGUCAUCUUGGUGGCAAUGUCUUGCAUCCGAUCGACUGGGAUGAUUCUGAGGAGACUGAGGAUAAGACACCGUUGAUUUCGUCGUCGGUGGACAAUCUGGCGAAGAGGCUGAGUGGUAAAGAACAGAAAAAGUGUCUGCCCUGUGCCGCCAAACCCGUGCAGCCACCCAAGAUCAAACCGAAGAUCUUCAGUGAUACCUCGUGGGCUGUUGACUCGAGCUGGGAAUUCAUAGGUAACGAUGCGGACGAUUGCGAACCCGAUUAUGACUGUGAUGCAGAUUACGAUGUAGGUCGAAAGUUCCCCGACGAAGAACAUGACAAGUACAUUGUACGCAAUACCUUGACGGCUCAAAGUAUCAUAUUACAGAGAUAUCCCGAGCUGCUGAAGCCUCCGGACACGACCGAGAGCCUCUACAGCGACCGCAACUCCUCUUACGACAAUGUGGAGAGGCGGCAUCUUCACAACCAGACCAACAUGACGACGACGACAACUCAGAGCUCGACCAGCACAAUGACGACGACUCUGACCAUGGAUCCGCAUAAUCACAGGCACAGCUACGAGCCAUCCGAGUCCGAAACGAUACUUGACAGCGACGACAGCGACGUCGAGCGCGUCAAGCGCAACCGGAGCUUCAAGGAACGCUUCGAUCCGCUUUUAUCACCACCUCGGCUGCAGGCACUGAGGAACCGCGAGAACGCGGGCAACUGCUCCGGUGCCGCCGGCGCGGCGAUUCGCGCCUAUGCGCUGCAACUCGCCGCCGACAAGACGACCACCUUCUCGCAGAACAUCGAGAACUUCAUCCAGUGCACCAAGGAGGGCAAGGAGGCCUCGCCUCACGUUGUCAUGCGCAACAUGCGCCAGUUCAUGUCCGGCAUGAAGAACUACUUGGUCAAGCACGGCGAGCGCGAGUUCGAGAAGGAAGUGGAGAAGGAACGACUGAAGCUCAAGGCCAACGAGUUUCUUAACCUCGACGCGAUACUCGAGGGCGUGAUGAUGUGCCUGGUGGUGAGGCCACUCCGCGAACACGUCUACAGACUCUUUGUCGAGCACUACGCAGCCAACGGCUCCAUCCAGACACUCGCCGACAGUAUCCAGCUUGCCCAGCCCAAACACAUUCAGGAUCUCGGCGUUCGACCAAAAAUCAUUCCACCGACGGACGCGAGCUUGGACCGCAUCCUAAAGUACAUCGAGCGACUGCAGAAGGCCGACUCGCCACUCGAGAAGCUGGAGAACCUCCUGGCUGCUAUCUCUGCCAUUUUCAAUUCGGUAAAGCAUGCGAAUUCAGGCAGACCAGUGACCUUGGGAGCUGACGAUCUGCUGCCGCUUCUCGUCUGGGUCUUGGUACGAGGCAAAGUCGUCGACGCGGAAAUCGAGGCCGAGUACAUGUGGGGCCUGUUGCACCCCUCGCUGCUCACUGGCGAGGGUGGCUACUACCUCACGACCUUGUCCAGCGCCGUGCACGUCUUGAAGACUUUCAAGUCUAGUCAAGGGACCAUGUCAACCGUGAACCAGGGAUGCGGAACGCCGGACUGCUCGUCGGUCCUUCGCGUCCUGGUACCGGACGAGCUGCAUGGUUCCCUCAAUACCAGAACACUGCCAGUCCGACCGAACAUGAAUACCCGCGACGUUUGUCGGAUUCUCGCGCACAAAAUACGAUGCACCAACCCGCAGGACUACGGCCUCUUCAAGCUGGUCCAGGGAGAAGAAACGCUUCUCGGAGACCACGAGUGUCCUCAGGAGCUGUCGCACUGCCUGUUCGCGUUCAAGCGGAUCGACGCGAAAAUCGCUUGGCCCAAGACCACCGGCAGCUCGAACGCCGGCAGCAGCGCAACGAGCAACAACAUCGGCGCCUCCUGAUCGGCCGUUCUUCCGCGGCGCGCCGCGAAGAUCCUGUCUAUAAAUCUGUAUUAAUUAUAUAGAGACUAAGAUGGAGGUGGACACGUGGAAAAGUUAUUGAUAAGAUGCGCGAGAAUCCGUCGGCAGUGGGUAUGAAGAAUGUCGCUCCCCUGCCGUACUGAUAUUAUGUUAUAAUUAUUAUAUAUAAAUAUAUUAGACGAUAUAAACCAAACAAAAGUAUAUAAAAUUAAAAAAAACAAAGGCCUUUCUUACUUCCUCCGACUUCAUUUCUCCAGAACCGAGAACGGCUUUGUGUAUUGAACGGGAGGCUCGCGGUGAAUUUUAUUGUUUCGAAUAAAGUAUGACUUAUACUGUACCGGUCUGAUUUUGAUUGAUUUUGUAGAAUUAUUAUGAAAAUUAAAAUCCUCAAAUAUGUGAUUUUUAA